AUGAUCUCCACCGAUGCCCUCUACAAGGACGGAACUGGCAUGCGCCUCGACGACAGCGACACGCGCUACUUCCUCGACGACGGCAGCAGCCGCCGUGACCGCGCCGCGUUCUUCACCUUCUGGAGCAGUGUGAGCUUGGCCAAGGCGGCAAAGAGGCACCGGGGCAAGGACAAGAAAAAGAAGCAGCCACAUCACGAGAAGCACACCACGAAGGACAAGGGCAAGGGCAAGAGCAAGCAAAGAAUCGAGGCAUCCAAAGAUGGCACGGAAUCACCCGCCGGCAAAGAAGACCUUGUUGCCGCCAUUGACCGAAAAGACUACUUGACCAUCGUCACGCUGCUCAUGUCGGACAUGAGCCUCAAUGACAUGCUUGAGGACGGCACCUUUGUGCUGUCGCACGCCGUCGACGACGACAACGCCGCCCUCGUGUCCAUGCUCGCCAUCUGCGGCGCCGACCCCAAUGUGCGGCACCGAAGCGGCAACACGCCGCUGCAUUUCGCCAGCAACACCGACUGCGUCGCCUCGGCCCUGGUCCUUCUCGAAAUCGGCGCCAAGGUUGAUGUCCGUGAUGCGCAGGGCCUGACGCCGCUGCACAUCGCCUGCCGUGAGCGCCACGUGUCGAUUGUCCUGCAUCUGCUUGCCCACGGCGCCAAUCCAAAUGUCUGCGACGACCGCGGCGUGACGCCCCUCGGCUACGCCCUCAUGCACCCCAAACGGCCGACCCUGCCACGCGAGCUCGUGACCACCCUGCUGACGUACGGAGCCCGCGCCACGGGCCGCGACCUUGUUUUGUCCCCCUUUGUUGAGUCCAUUUUUCGCUACGACUCGACACUCAUGGGGCGCUACUUGCGCAAGACCCCCGAGGUCGUUGAUGCCGAGAUGGCCGUGGCCACAGCGGGCCCGGACGAUGGCAUCGUGCGUCUGCGUCCGCUGUACGCCGCCCUCCUCGUGGGCAACAUCUUUGCCAUCGACCUCUUGCUGCGACGGGGCGCCGACAUCCAUCAUGUCACUGCUGCGUUUGACAAGACCACCACGUACCUCGAUCUUGCCGUCCAGAGCGACUCCACCGCCAUCGUGUCCCGCCUGCUGCUCGCCAACGCCGACCCCAAUGUCGCCGCCGCCAACGGCCGCACACCGCUGCACGCGGCCGCGUCUGCCGCCCACGGUGAACUCGAGGUCGUCGCACUGCUCCUGCGCCACGGCGCCGACGUCCACGCCCGCACCACCGACCGCCACAGCCAGGCCCUGCACAUGGCCGUGCGCGCCGGCCGUGCCGACAUGUGUUUCCACCUGAUGAAAAGUGGCGCCCAGGUGAAUGCCCCGCUGCGCAGCGGCGUCACCCCUGUCAUGUUGGCUGUCUACUUCAACAACCAGUCGAUGCUGCGCUUCCUCAUGAGCAAAGGCGGCGAUGUCCGCUACAAGACGCCGCAGUACGGCGAGACGGCCAUGCACACCGCCAGCCGCGUGGGCGAUAUCGCGCUGGCCAUGCUCCUGCUACAGCAUGGUCUGUCAGUGAAUGCAGUCCACCCGUUUCAAUCAGAGGCAGGUACGGACGACGAUGGCGCAGACAGACAUCAAGACAGCGACGACGACAGUGGCGACGACAGCGACGUGACGGACAAGGGCACAGCCAAAAUCAAGGACAAGGGCAAGGACAAGGCCAAGGCCAAGACAGCGUCGCCGUCCAAACGGUCGCGCUCACGCUCGGGCUACGCCCCGAUCCACGCGGCCGCCUCGCGCGGGCACCUGGACAUGGUCCGCUGGCUGCUCGCCAACGGCGCCGAUCCCACCGCACGCAUUGGCCGCAUUGCCGCGCGCGUGUGUCUGGGCGACGACGACGAGGCCAAGCGACAGGCCGAGCGCAAAGAACGCGAGGGCGAGGGCGAGGUCGCGCCAGGGCGGCCGUUGGGGCAUGCCAAGCACGACAAGGUCGAUGGCGCAGCGGAUCAAGGUCACAAGGACCGCGUUGACAACACGGCUGACCACAACACUGCCGACCACGACGCAACCGUCUCUCUCGACGCUACCUCCGACGACGACGACAAGGAGGACCCCGGUGCGACACCCGUCGAGAUUGCCCGCGCCUUUGGCCACGAACGGACGGCGGGUGUCAUUGAGGAUGCCAUUCUUGCCGCGUCGCCCCAAUACAAGGAGUUCGUGUCCAAGCGACGAUCAUCCACGUCGUCGCUGUCGUCAGAGGACGCACCUCCGGACGCUCGCAGCCCUCCUCCCAAGAACAAAUCGUCUUCGCAGAACAGCUUCGAACCGGAGUACGACAGCGCCGACGAAGGCGAUGCCCUGGCGGGCGAGCUGGGCAAGGGCAAGAUGAAGGCGCAGGUGCCCGCGACUCCUCCGCCGGAGACGUCUGCCGGUGAUGGUGACGAACAUGACGACGACGACGACGUUGCCGACCCGGAGCCGGCUGAUUGGGCUUCGGCUUGGUGA